AUCCUCUCAUCAUCAUCCCUUCCAUUCAAUCUUUUCCUUCUUGAGAUCUCCAUCUUCGGCAAACUCAAGCCCAUGUUCUUUUUUUUUACGGACACACUUCUACCCUUUUUCCCAUUCAAACUCACAAUUUCAUAGCAUAUUUCAAUCAUCCAUAUAAACAAAAUUUUGCACAUUUCAUAAUAUUAAAUUUUCAUUCCACAACCAGAAUAUUUGAAAAAAAAUUCCAUCAGGGAAAUACAUAUAUAUAUCAUCGGUUGUUGUUAAAAAAAAAUCUAUAAAUUUGGGUUCAGGAAACCUUGAAAUAUGGGUUUCUUGAACCCAAAUCUAGGUGAACCUAGAUCUAGGCAACCUAGAUUUGGGUUCCAUCAAACCCAAAACCUCAAUUUGCAUGGAGAGGAAGAAACGAGAAGCGAGAGAAAGGAAAGAGGGGGAAGAGAGGGAGAGGGAGGAGAAAGAUGGGCUUUAAUCCUUAUCGAACAUGCGAAGGUGAUGGGCUAUAGGAGGAAGAAGAAGAAGAGGAUGAAGGAGGCGAGGAAGAUAUGCAUUGGAAAACGAAGGAAGAAAGGAACUAGAGAUGGGAAGAAGAUGAAUAGGGAAAAUGGGGGCACUAUUGCCCAUGGAGGCAAUGGCCAUAGUGAGAGCAAUUGUGAAAGUGGUUUUGCCAUGAUCUAUAUGAUCAAUAGUCUUGAUGUUGACUUCGGGUUUCUUUCACUCGUGUUUGCCAUAGGCAACACAGACAAUGAAAGUGCCUUUAUAAGGGUGAAUGGUAAGGGUGGUGGUGAAAUUGGUUCCAAGAAAAGGAGGAAGAAAAGAGGAGGAGAGAAUAACCCCAUCCAUGUAAGCGGCACCACUAAUCAUGUUCUUGAAGUAGUUGCCAUGGCCAAGGCAAUCCAUGUGGGCAUAAUGGCGAUUAUCAAUCUUGAACUUCAUAGUUGUAAUGUUAAUUGUGAUAUCAUAGGCACGUUCCUCAAGGGCAACAUCAAUCUUGUCAUACUUUCUAGGGGCAUUGUUGCCCAUGGAGGUAAGGACCAUAAUGAGAGCAACAAUAAGAGUGGUUUCAUCAUGAUCCCCAUGGCUUAUAGUCUUCAUGUUAACAUGAGGUUUCUUUUAUUCAAAUUUGCUAUAGUUAACACAACCAGUGAAAGUGCCUCUACGAGGUUGAAGGUGAAGGUGAUGGUGGAAUUGGUUGUAAGGAAAGGAGGAAGAAAGGAGAAGCAGAGGUAAAGAGUUAGAUUGGUGAGUCUCGUGUAGAAAUUAGGGGCUGUGGUUGAGGUCGCUAGAGUGGAAAGAAGGUAACUAAGUUUUGAGUAGUUUGUGGUUAUGAAUGAUGAGAUUGACAUGGUGUAUUUUCAUAGAAAUUGGGGUUUUGGGUGGCAGAAAUAUAUGAGAAUUGUUAUC